UACGGAAACGUUUUUUGGCAGGUGUUAGAGCUGGGAAUCAUUGUUCACUCGAUUGUGAUAGGGAUUUCUCUAGGUGCUUCAAAUAAUACUUGCACAAUUAAAGGACUUGUCGCUGCUCUUUGCUUUCAUCAAAUGUUUGAAGGAAUGGGACUUGGUGGUUGUAUUCUCCAGGCUGAGUACAAGUUCUUGAAGAAAGCAAUAAUGGCAUUCUUCUUCGCAGUAACAACCCCAUUUGGUAUAGCACUUGGGAUAGCACUUUCAAGCACUUACGAGGAGAACAGUCCUCGGGCAUUAAUAACCGUUGGAUUGCUCAAUGCGUCAUCUGCUGGUCUUCUUAUUUACAUGGCUUUAGUAGAUCUUCUUGCUGCAGAUUUUAUGGGUGACAAGUUACAAGGCAGCAUUAAGCUACAGAUCAAGUCUUACAUGGCUGUUCUUCUUGGUGCCGGUGGCAUGUCUCUUAUGGCCAAAUGGGCCUAAGAUUUGUUUCCUUGAUUGUUUUAGGAAAUAAGUUUUUGUGUGAAUCCUCCCCCCCUUUUUUUCUGUCCCUCCUUUCCUCCAAUUUUAAAAUUGUAAUUUGGUAUCCUUUUCAUUUUCGUGACUCAUUGUGAGUUUCAACAUAUUGUGUAAAAUAUGUCUCCUCUUUUUUCCUUAAAUGUUUGCCAAUGACCAAAUCAACAUAUCUUAUAUAAGUCUUUCUAGUGAGUGAAUCUUUGCAACUAUACUCUUUAGAAAUCACUAGAAUUUUU